AUGGAAGCUAUGGAAAACAUCGUCCAGCAGACCCGCAAAGUGAGACUCUGGGACCCUGUGGCUGGUCGGUGGGUGGAGUCGGAGCAGUGCAUGUGGAAUCCAGCCAUCGCUGACAUCACGCUGCUGGCGCUGGGCACGUGUGCGCCUCAGAUCUCCCUCGCAGUCAUUGACGCCGUCAGGCGACUGGGCAAGACCGGCGGACAGGACCUGGGAGCAGGCACGAUCAUUGGCGGCGCAGCCUUCAACAUCUUCCCCAUCCUGGCUGUGUGUGUGUUCGUGCCUCCUGCCGGCACUGUCAAGCGCAUUGCAGACGUGGGGCUCUUUCUGGUCGAGUUCCUCUGGUCGCUCUGGGCCUACGUGUGGCUCUACAUCGUGCUGCAGGUGUGGACGCCAGGCGAGGUGACGAUAGCAGAGGCGGUGAUGACAGUGCUGCAGCUGCCGCUGCUCAUGCUGCAUGCAUACGCUCAGGAGCAGCGCUGGCCCUUCAUAGCCCUGCCGCUCUCACCACCCACCAGCCAACCUCCCACUGCUUCCUCCGAAGCCGUUGCUGCGACAGCAGGCGCCGCUAGGUCAGCAAUGCAGGAGGGUGCUCAAAGUGCAACUGUACGAAGUGCUUCCUUUACAGACAAUGAUAUGGCACAUGGGGUCGUUGCAGACAGCGGUGCAGCAGUAUCUGGCCUGCAUGGAGAUUUAUCUCCAGGAGUUGCCUCUGGUCCUGCUAUGGAGGGCCAUGCAGCACUGGGCGAUUUUUCCACUCCAAGCAGGAGCAGGAGGAGGCGGAGGAGCAGUGAACACGAUCGCAGCAGCAGGCGCAGCAGUGGUGGUGGUGGUGGUGAAGGGGGCAUGGGGAGAGGUAGUCGCAGGCAGAGCCUAUCGUCUCAGGCGGAGGACAGAGAGUGGGACGAUGUGGAGGAGGAUGAGGAGGUGGGGAGGGGGAGGCGCAACUCUGGGCAAGCGUUUCAGCAGGAGGAUGUCCAAGUACUCCCUCAACCAGACAGCCGUGCCCAACUCAUUGCUUCUAGGCAUUCACAUGGGAGCGAUGGCAGCAGCGGUGGGACGAAGGGGGUGUCGUUCGGCAUGUGGUGGAGGCAACAGAUCGUGCUCUCCAUGAUGCUACACCCAUCGGAUUACAAUGAUCGCACAGCACCAGGACGGAUGCACCCCUCACAUGAGCAACCAGCACCACAUAAAGCCCAGCCGGUGGCAGCGAGGGUGCGGCGGGUGGUGGUGCACGCGGUGUGCUUCCUGUGGAAGGCGCUGUGUGCGCUGCUCAUACCCCCGCCUGACGCGCUGCACGGCUACCCCGCCUUCAUCACCAGCAUCCUCGUCAUCACCCUCAUCGCUGCCCUCGUUGUCGAGCUUGCCUCGCUCUUCGGCUGCGUCACAGGGGUGAACUCGUUCGUGGUAUCCAUAACGCUGCUGGCGACGGGCACGUCCAUCCCGGACCUCAUAGCCAGUGUGGUGGCCGCAGACCACCUGCCCACUGCUGACUCCGCCAUCGCCAACAUCAACGCCAGGAGGCGCUUCGUGUUGUACCCAUCGCGGCUCUCCUCGUUCCGCUUCCUUCAACGCUACGACAACUCGAGCGCGCCCUGCUUUCGCGAGUCAACACGUCAGGAUCCGCGCGACGCUAUCCUGCAGUCAACGCUGUCGGCGUGGAGUCAGCGCGCCUGGGCGGGUCGCCUUCGGCUUCGAUCCGACAAUGAUGAGUACCACCGGCUCGCGAUGCUCUGUAGCACACCCAAGGCCCCCCCCGGUUCAGGUUCCAGGGGUGCAGGUGUAGCUGGUACAGGUGUUCCCCCGGUACAGGUACAGAUCCCCUCCCCUCAACCUCUCUUGAGUGUGCUACAGCAGCGUCUGCUUUUCGCCUAUGGCCUUCGCCUGCAUGCAUGUCCGUCCGCUUCGUCUGUGCUGCUUCCCUUCUUCUCUUCCGCGUGCCUCUUCACUCGUUUGUAUUCCGCUCUUCCUCCCCGUUGCUCCAGGAGGUGCUUCGUGCUCUACUCAUUGCUGCUCUCUGCUCGCUUCAACGCUGACGCGACAGCUGCUCGUCCUUCCCCUUGUGCUGCGCGAGUGCUCCUUGCUUGCAUGCGCGUCCACCGCACUCCCCCUCCUCUUCCGCGGACUUACCUCUCAUCACACAUCCUUCCCCCGCUUCGCCUUCCUGCCUCCCUAUCCCGCAGGCUCGCGCCUAGCGUCAAGAAACGUGCCUUCGGCGGGCGUCGCGGGGAGGCGCACAUGGGGAGCUGCUGUGGGGACGUGCGUGGGAGGCAGCAGCGGGUCGACCUGGCUCUCCCUCCACCCACCAGCGCGCAGCGACCAACAGAUGAGUAUCACUCCGCCAGCCCUUCCCGCUCGUUUCGCAUGCCCCGUAGCACGCCCAAGCCCCCCCUUUUUUGUCAGUGCCCUGCUGGCGUCAACGAACGGCCGUCGCUUUGCUUGGCGAACGCUCGUCAAGGGACGUGGGGCGCGGAGGCAGCAGCAGAGGCAGCAGUGGGUCUCCUUGGUCUUCCCAGCAUCCGUCACAGAGCCAUCAAAGAUAAGUAUCGCUCCAUCAGUCUCUCUCCCUCUGCCUUUGACCGUUUUCCCGCUUCCGUGCAUGGCAUGCUCUCUCGUUUGCACUCUCCACUCGUUUGGAUCUGCAUCCGCACUCCCCACUCACUCACUCCCCCCCUCCAACCCCCUUCCCUUCCCGCUCCCCAGGGUUCCAGUGGGAGCAGAGGCGUGUGGGGAGGGGCGCAGCUGCUGCACUGCACCCAUCUGCACCUCAACUCGACACACUCAAGUCUUGCAAUCGCUCCUCAGCCCCACUCUGGAAUGGUGGUGGAUAGUGGUUGGAAGUGGUGGUGGAGAGUGGUUGGAAGUGGUGGUGGAGAGUGGUUGGAAGUGGUGAUGGAGAGUGGUUGGAAGUGGUGGUGGAGAGUGGUUGGAAGUGGUGGUGGAGAGUGGUUGGAAGUGGUGGUGGAGAGUGGUUGGAAGUGGUGGUGGAGAGUGGUUGGAAGUGAUGGUGGAGAGUGGUUGGAAGUGGUGGUGGAGAGUGGUUGGAAGUGGUGGUGGACAGUGGUUGGAAGUGGUGGUGGAGAGUGGUUGGAAGUGGUGGAGUGGUUGGAAGUGGUGAAGAGUGGUUGGAAGUGGUGGUGGAAAGUGGUGGGGAGUGGUGGUGGAGAGUGGUGGGAAAUGGUGAAUGGUGCUGUGGUUGGAGGGUGA